AUGCCAGAGAAAACAGAGGAAAGUGACAACGAGCUCUUCGAGGUUCUAUCAAGUUACGAAGACCUCAAUAUUGAAGAAACGGACGACGAUUCCACUACAGAGGAAGACCUUUCGGAAACAAGUGAAGAUCGCAGGUUUGUGGUAUCAGGGAGCGAUGAUGCCACGUAUUCAGAAGAAGAGUCGCUAGGAUCCAGUCUUUCCUGCAUACACCAUACCAUGGAUGGUCACGAGACAUCGAGCACCGUCGGCAACGGCAAAAAGAUACCGAUUAGCGCCAUUGCCUCUCACUUGAUCUCCGAAGAUGGAAUUUCAGUGAUACAGUAUUUGGUGUUGUGGCAAUCGUGGGAGCGCGAGAUCCCGCAUGAGUAUGAUGUUAGCGAGGAUCUGGUUUCUUCGCCAAGGUCAUGUAUCUAG